UCUCUGGCUGCGCUGCCAUGGACUCCAACCCCCAGCUUCCUACCACAAAUUGCAACAAGCGUGAACCUAAACAGUCGCUUCUGGACACCAACGGAAAGGCACCAACGAAGCGCUUUUUUUUUUUUUUUUUUUUUUGCUCCAGGCAUCAGAAACAAGUGGAGAAGGGAAAUAAACAACUUUCGAGGAUCAGAGCUUCCUGACAGCAACGCGGUUAGGAUCCUGCUUAGGUUUUGUCGUCUACUGUGUUUAACAUGGCUAACAUGGAGCUGGUCAUCAGGAGCUCUAGUUCACACAACCAGUCGGAGGUUUUCACAUCAGUCUUUAACUCCAGCUGCCGUUUUAAUGAGGAGUUUAAAUACAUCCUGCUUCCUGUGUCCUACGGCCUGGUUUUUGUUGUUGGGUUCGUUCUCAAUGCCACGGCAUUGUGGAUGUUCAUAAAGAUGCGCCCGUGGAACCCUAGCACCGUGUACAUGUUCCACCUCGCCCUGUCCGACUUUUUGUACGUGCUCUCGCUGCCCACUCUAAUCUACUACUACGCCAACCGCAGUGACUGGCCCUUCGGCGUGGCGGCCUGCAAAAUAGUCCGCUUCCUCUUCUACGCCAAUCUCUACUGCAGCAUCCUCUUCCUCACAUGCAUCAGUGUGCAUCGGUAUCUUGGCAUCUGCCACCCCAUCAAAGUGCUGACUAAGGUAAAGUCCCGUCACGCUCACCUGGUGUGUGGCUCGGUGUGGUGUGUCGUGACGGUCUGCCUGGUGCCCAACCUCAUAUUCGUCACCACCUCAAGGAGGGACAAUGACACGCUGUGCCAUGACACAACCAGUCAGGAAGCCUUCGAACAGUACGUUGACUACAGUUCUGUAGUCAUGGUGCUGCUGUUUGGUGUCCCCUUCAUAGUCAUUUUGGUGUGUUACUGUCUAAUGGCGCGGACCCUGUGUCAGCCCAGACAAGGAUUAUCUUCCAGCCAGCAGACCUCCAGGUCGCGGCAGAAGUCCAUCAAGCUCAUCAUCGUGGUGUUGGUGGUUUUCGCAGUCAGCUUCGUCCCAUUUCACAUCACACGGACUCUCUACUACACAUCCCGUGUGCUGAAUCUCAACUGUGAGUUCCUCAACAUCGUGAACUUCACCUACAAAAUCACCAGGCCGCUGGCAAGCAUCAACAGCUGCAUCGAUCCGAUCUUGUACUUCCUGGCCGGAGAUCACUACCGCUCCAAAAUGAUUUUCAUUCUUAAAGGGAGAAGAAACCUGAAAUACAAUCAAAGUAUACCGAACAGCAGUUUGGGUCUGGUGGGUAAGGGCUCGGCUCCCAAAGCCAGUGAAGAGGCUGAGAGAUAGCGAAGAAUACAAAGUAAUAACUGUGUAAUGUAUUUCUACUUGUAGUGAAACCUUUCCCCUGAAAGACUAUUUUGUCAUAGAUUUUACUUUCUAUAAGUAUGUUUUUUUUAUUUACUGAUUUAUGUGAAAAUAUUUUUUAACAUGUUCAAAGACUUUUUCAGUUCUUACUGUAGUGACACGUCUAUGCACAAAGGUUAUUUUUAUCAAAGACACGGUUCCUUUUUCUGUGUACGAUUUGCCACCACAGCAGUAUUUAGAUACAGAGACACAGAUUUCAGGAACACUUUGGUUACACAACAAACAGAUUCCUGACUUUAUUUGGACUCGUUCUUAAGACUUGAUUCUUGGCUUGAACUCAAGAUCUGGUGUUCAAAUCCUGCUCACAUCUUUCUCCCUGUUGACGAAAUCUGAAACUGUAGUUCAUUUGUGUAAGUGAAUAAUAUUGUCCCUUUGAGUGUUGUACUGUAUACACAUGACUGGUUGUCAUGGUAAUGCUAUGCACAGUCCUUGCCAGCAAAACGAGUUAAUGGAAGCUUAUAAAUUCAUCUGUUUUUGUUUAGCGAGAGAAAGAAAACCGUCAGUACUCGAUGUGAUGCACAAAAUGCAUUUAGGCUCAUAAUUAUUCAUACCCACCUUAGAUUUAGUUUUAGAGUGAUCUUGGUUAGAGUGGGCCAGCCAAAGUCAGACAAAGAUUUGGGCUGGUGCUUUGGCGAGAGGUGGGAGGUCAUCACCAAAGACAAACAGUCAAACUACCAGAAGAAACAUGCAAAAAAGCUAAACUGAAAUAGCAAGAAAGAUUUGAUUGCAGUGACCCCAAUAGUUUUUCUGUUUCUUUUAAGGGAGUGUGUAAAUUAUUUUUGACUUUGCAUUUUUAUUGAAAUCUAAAUAUAAGUAGAUACUUUUCUUUUUCAAAAUUGGCACUCUUUUACAUUGUCCUGUUGAGUGAUGUCUGUCUAACUCCAUAUCAGAAUCAAACUUUAAAUAAAUAAUCAAAAAUUAUUUUAAAAUCCAAAUAAUUUUGAGCUCAACUGUAUUAAAAGAGUGAGCAAUUGGAGCACACGAGCACACAGUAUAACCAGUAAGUCAUGGAAAAUACAUAGAUAUAAAUAUUUGUGUUAUAUUUAUUCUGGAAUUUGACAAUAGGUAGGGUUUACCUACUUUUGUUAGUCUUUGAAUGCAAAGCUAAAUAACUAAAGGCUCAUGAAGGAAUUCAGUCAUUUAAUUUCCAUAUACUGGAGAAGAGAUGCGUCUAAUAAUUGAAGGAUAGUGGCUCUUCAGGAUGGAAAACUCAUUUAUCAAACUAAAAGCACCAGGAGGAAACCAUCACGUCCUACUUUAUCCAUUCAGAAAAGAGGUUAAAACAUAUACAAUGAAAUAUAAUCUUCUCAUUGUGUAUUAGUAAAAGAGAUUAAUAAGCUUUCAGUAUUACCUCUCGCUGUUCAAUCAAAGGUUUAUUCUUAAAUAUAUUUUUUUAAUUAAUGCAUUUUUAUGUUGUUAUGAGAAGUCAUGCUAGAAAUGCAAUCCACACAUCUACAUGUACAGUAAGAUGCAAUAAACUAAAACUGAAAUUACUAACAUGAACUUAGAUGCUAUCUAAAUAUUCUUUACAUGUUGAAUUGAAUGCUUUGUUGUUAAAUGUUUAUAAGGUUUAUGGAAUAAUAAAUGUUUAAUGUGAGAGUGUU